GCUCAUAGCGCCCGCAACACGGUCAUCUCACCCCCCUCAGCCCAUGUCUCGCGGAAUUUAUCACCACCAUCACCAUCCCGCACAGGCUGCCCUCGGACUAGACUAGGUUACACCCAAUUCAAAUAGAACGGCCGGUUAAUAUUGGCCGUGCCGGUUGAAUCUCUCCCUCCGCCCACACUCAGUGACGCAAAGUCGCGCCUACUGUUGUCCUGCAUCAUCUCUCUUCAUCUCUUCUCAUCUCCCCAUCUCCCCAUCUCUCUAUCUCUCUCUGUCUCCUCAUUCACAUCUCCUCCUCUCCAUCUCUCCAUCUCCCACACUCAUUCGCCCUUCGUUCUACAAUUCAGCUCCCCCUCGUCAUCUGAACCCACCCCCACACCCAUUCCCCCGGGGAGCUUGCCAUCAUGGCCUCCGGUCUAUUCUUCGACUUGUUCAUCGUGUUCUGGCGGCUUGUCGUCCUCAACAUCUUCUUUCGCGAGAUUCGUCCUCGCGGCGCAUGGAAUAUCCCGAAGAAGGGCCCCCUCCUCUUCAUCGCUGCCCCCCAUGCCAACCAGUUCCUCGACCCCCUAGUCCUCUUCAGUGAGGUUAGGAAAGAGUCUGGUCGUCGCGUGUCCAUGUUGACUGCCGCCAAGUCUAUGGACCGCAAGUUCAUCGGCACUGUCGCUCGUGCAUUCAACUCCAUCCCUGUCUCGCGCGCUGCCGACUACGCCAAGAGUGGCGCGGGCAAGAUCACUCUCGAUGAGACCAACGGCCUCAUUGUUCGCGGCGUCGGCACAAAGUUCACGGAACAGGUCAAGCCCCGCUCGCAGAUCCUUCUGCCCAAGUCGAUCGGCUUUGCCCAGGCGCCCAUCGACGAGGUCAUCUCAGACACAGAGGUCAGACUCAAGAGCGAGUUUACCGUGCCCUCAAAGGAUGGCAACUCGAACGUGAAGGCUACCAACCGCGUCCGCACUUACUGUGCCAACAAGAAUGGCUCCGAGUACAAGAUCCUUCCUCACGUUGACCAGGACCAGACAUACGGCGCAGUCUUUGACACGCUCAAUAAGGGUAACUGCAUCGGCAUCUUCCCGGAGGGUGGCUCCCACGACCGCACCGACUUCCUCCCUCUCAAGGCUGGCUUCUCCAUCAUGGCUCUGGGCGCCAUGGCUGCCAAUCCCGACCUUGACGUCAAGCUCGUUCCCGUCGGCCUCUCAUACUUCCACGCCCACAAGUUCCGCUCUCGUGCCGUCAUCGAGUUUGGUGCGCCCAUCAGCUGCCCCAAGGAACUCGUCGACAUGUACAAGGAGGGCGGCGCGAAGAAGCGUGAGGCAUGUGGCAAGCUCCUGGAGCAGGUUCAUGACGCCCUUCGCACCGUCACUCUCCGUGCCCCCGACUGGGAGACUCUCCAGGUUGUCCAGGCCGCCCGUCGCCUUUACCGUGUCCCCGGUCAGCACCUCACCCUCGGCCAGGUUGUUCAGCUUAGCAAGCACUUCAUGGAAGGCUACCUCCAGUACCAGCAUGACCCUCGCGUUGUCGAGCUCCGCGAGCGUACUCUUGUGUACAAUCGCAAGCUCCGCGACAUGGGAAUCGCCGAUCACCAGGUGGAACGUGCUUCCAAUACCUCGAUCCGCUCUCUUCUGCUUCUUAUCUACCGAACUGGUCUGCUUCUCUGGUGGGGACUGCUGUCCCUCCCCGGUGUCCUUCUCCACGCCCCUGUCUUCACGCUUGCCAAGGUCAUUUCCCACCAGAAGGCGAAGGAGGCCCUCGCUGCGUCCACUGUCAAAAUCCAGGCUCGCGACGUGCUCGCCACCUGGAAGGUGCUCGUGUCUCUUGCAAUCACCCCACUCCUUUACCUCGUCUAUGCUCUCAUUGCUCAAGUUAUCGCAUACAAGUACGACUUGAUUCCGACCUACCGUCGCUACCUUCCCCUAAUCAUGUUCGCCCUUCUUCCCUCGCUCGGUUACAGCGCCCUCAAGUUUGGAGAGGCAGGCAUGGACGUCUUCAAGUCUCUUCGACCCCUCUUCCUGUCGAUCUGGCCCUGGAACCACCACGAGGUCGACAAGCUCCGCGUCAUGCGAGAGGAACUGUCCGAGGACAUCAACGAGGUCAUCGCUGAGUUUGGCCCCAAGCUGUAUGAGAACUUUGAGAAGUCUCGCUACAUGCCGGCAGCAAAGUCGCCCCGCGCCCGUGUCAACAAUGACUCUGUCCUCUCGCACCCCAUUAACUGGCUCGACGACCGCAUCUUUGGCUGGAACCGCCGCGGCUCGGCCGUGCAGGCCUGGGAGAACGCAUCCAGCGGUGCCCGUUCCGAGCCGGGGACAGCCCCUGGAUCGCCCCGCAUUCCUGGAAGUCCGCGCGACUCUGAUGAUGAGGAGGAGGCUGAUGUCGACUACGAUGACAUCCUGGCCGUUGUCGACUUGAGUGGCGGGCGCGGCGCGUCGUCGCCCCGCCGCCGCGCCGGCCGCUCGUACUCAGACUUGACGCAAAUGCGCAAGAAGGAGGAGGAGCUGAGCAACACUCAGUCCAUGCAGUCCGAAUACCUUGCUCCUGACGCCGUCCCCGAGCAUGUGAUUAAGUCGGACCUCGCCGACGCUGUCAGCGAGGAGGCGCCAGGCCUUCACCAGCGCAAGGCGUAUCCCUCGAACGGCAGCAAUCCAACAGGCAGCGCCCUCGGUCUCGACAGAGGCGAGUGAGCCGCGCCAUCUCACACCACUCAGCUCCUCCGAGCUCAAUGGUCACCAUUUUUUAGCUGCACGAUUGUGAAUAGAUGCAUCGCAUGGGUAAGGAGAAUG